GUUUUUCUAAACAUAGAACAAUGAUACGAUUAUUGUUUGAAGAUCUUCUGAGCAUUGAAAACAUGAGAUAUAUGAGUAUCGGUGGUAGGAAGAUACGUCAGGAAAGGAGGAAAUAUAUGAAACUCCCAGAAGAAAUCUACAGUGCAGUUCUAGCAUAUACUAUACAACAAUGUAACUCAUUAAACUGCGGGAAUACCUUAUUUAAUAGUCAGAGGUAUCAUGAUUUUGUCACUUAUGUUUUUAGUGAGGCAAGGCAGGGAAUAUCACGAAAAAACAAGCUGAAGCAAAACGAGAUUGGGAGCAAAACAGAAAAGGAAGAUGUCUUAUUUCCCUGUAUCAUACAGAACGAGGACAAGGUUGAACUUGUUCCUGGAUCAAAUGUGUGGAUAUCAAAAAAUAAUUUGUGCGAAAUUAAGGAAAAGUGCGAAGCAAUAUCGUGUGAAAGUAAACACCAAAAAAUGAUUUACUACCUUCUUAAAGUUCUUUUGGACACUGAAAAUCUAAGUGUCGCCAGAACCAAUAAUGGAAGGAAUAAUUAUUUUAGAGUCCCAAGAGAACUAAUAACCACAGUUAUAGUAUACGCGACACGAAAAUGUAACGCUAACUGUGAUGCUCUACCCAGCGCUUAUAACGCUUACAUGAGUAGCAUAAUUAAUCAUGUAAGAGCAAUUUCUGAACGCAGAAACUCGAGCGAUUUUGAAUAUAACAAUGAGAUGACGUCUAUUUCCAACACGGAAGAGGACAUCAGUUUUGCAGAAAACAAACCAGAACACUCUUUAGAUGAAAACAGUUUCGGAAGAACCUUCGUAAAGUUGGAAAUUAAUUCUACGCAGACACCCACAAUACAAAAACGGGGACGCGAAGAUGAGGAAAACGAUUCCACUAUCAGAAACAAAAGAACAAAAUUAUCCGAGGAUACAGCUAUUCGAGAUCUGGAGAAUUAUUGCAGCACUUCGUAUGAUCAAAUUCCUUUGAACCAUGUUCAGUUGAACAAUGUUCCUACUUCCGUUUCUCAAAAUCUAGAAAAAAUUCGCGAAAGCUCGUAUAAUGAAAUUCCUGUAAAUCCUGGUCCUUCUUCUGCUCUUAAAAAUCUGGAGAACUUUUACAAUAGGUCGUUUGUUUUAAUUCCUUCGAAUCAUGUUUCUGGGAUUGAAAAUUUGACUGGAAAUUUGGAUGAAACAGCAAGUAUUCCAUCAAAUGUUGGAGCCGACUACUAUGAUGAGGCUGUCCAUAACAGUUUUCUUGUAAAUGAUCUGGAAACUAUUGCGGAACAUAGCGUGUGAUUUUUAAGUUAAUUAAGUAAAUGAGAAAAUCAUUUCUUUAUGAGGGUAUAAUUUGAAAUAAGAUAAUUUUUUAAUGAAAGUUCACAUAUCUACAUAAGCGAAGUAGUUUUAGAAAGUGUAUGAGUAUUAUUCUUAUAAAAGAAAAAUCACCGUUAAAUAUUUAUGGGA